AUGUCUAUUCCGGAACUUCUCAAAUCUGGUAUGAAGACAUCAUCACAUAUCAACGAGAAACUUGAAUCCGAGAAGAACUCUAAACACAUUUUUUCAUUUUGUAAUUCAUUGAAGAAAUUCCAAAAUUCAGAAUUUGUUUCAUUUAGUGCUAAACUUAAAGUAACAAGUUCGCACAAGAAGUCAAUUUGUAAUAUCCACAACAUCAUCACUCCACAAGUCAUGUCUCUUAAAGCUAAGCACGUCAUCUUUGAUGGUGAAAGUAUCCGAUCAUCACCAUUAAUGAGUCAUCGUCUUCAAUGUUCACGUGAUUUGAUUUUCCAACUUGACAUUUCAUCCAUGUCUAUCAUUGUUACAUCUAUUCGCAAUGGUAAUGUUGUUUUCCGACGCACAUCACCAACAUUUGUUUACAGCACUGGCUUUUCACUUUCUGAGAACGGCCUGUUGUUAGUUGUUGAUUAUGCAUUUUGUUUAUCACGUUCAUUCCGAAUCAAAUACGAAUUUGGUAUUCCUACCGAGAUUUCAUCAUUGUCCGCCAUUUCAUUACCAUCUAAACCUAUUUCAGACAUAUGUGGCUAUGAUUGUAUUGUUGUUACAUCAUAUUCAUCCACAUUUGUUAUUUGGGAUGCAUUUUCAGGAACAAUCCACUGUAAAGUUGAUCUUUCAGAAAACAUUGUUACAUCCAAAUUUGAUGAAUCUAGUGGUCUUGUCUGG